UCCAUCUCUAGGUCUCACAAUGGCAUAUACACGGUUUUAGCUGCUUUUAAAAAUUAUUUUUAACCUUGUUAAUUUAGACAACAGCACUGCAAUGAUCUUAAGAAAACACUGAAAACAGGAUCUUUAGGACAACGGUGCAGGGAUGCCAAACACUGGCAGCACACUGCAUCAUAUUACACCCAAGCAACAUGUGGUCAGGUUUUCAUAAACAAUGAAAUGCCUGGGAUCUGGAAGAAGAUCACGUUUUCCUUCGCCUCUCUGCUCAACAUUGCCUCAGUUGUUCUGACUGUUGUGGCGCUUUCUACUGAGAAGUGGGUAAUUGGGAAAAUCCUAUGCCAAACUGGUGCUGAUCUGGUUAAUGCGUCAGAUCCUGAGCUGGAGAAGUUUAUCGGUGACAUAUAUUUUGGGCUGUUUCAAGGGGGCAAAAUAUGGAAAUGUGGUCUGGGAAGCAGACGGUCCAAAAUCUACAUAUUCCCGAGGCUUGUGAAGAAGUUGAAUGGUGGCCUUCACGUGAUUAUCAUCUUAUUCCUUUUUGUUGCCAUUGGUUUUUCAUUUGUAAGUUUAGCAUUCUGCAUUUACAAUGCACGAAAAAUCCCAUAUCAAUCUAUUAAAGGGCCUCCCGGACUAUACUUGUGGAAUUUUAUUGCAGGCGCCUUUGGAAUGUUCGGCAUCGUCUGCUUCAUUGCAGCUGUGAAGCAGCACUGUCUCACAGAGAGAGUGGCGAACUUCCGGGAGGACAUCUUUCGAUUCGUUGUUCUGGAGGAAGAAUACGACUUCUCAUUCUGGCUGUGUGUGGCCAGCACUGCAACUCACGGGACAAAUUUUAUCGUUGUAGCCAUGAGUAAAAUCCAUUUUCCAAAAAUACACACUAAGAAGCCGGAUGAACCAAGCGUCACAGCUGAAGACUUCUUAUACUGAGAUUGGAUACAAGUACUGAUAAUAAGACUGGACUAGGAAAGGCUAACACACGCCUGUGGAAAUCAGCAGUAUUCUGAUUUUAUUAGAUAUGUUUCUGUGUAUUCGUUACAGGCUAGAAGAGCCCCGCCCUUAGAUAUGAAAAAAAUAAAGAUACACUGAUUUGUUAAACUUUCAUUACAAGAAAAUAUCAGAAAUACUUAAAACAAAUGUAACUGACUGGUAUUCAUUAUUGUAUAGCUUGUAGUAACAAAUUAUUUAGCUACAAAAGCUGAAAGUAUUGGUUUUGAUGAAGACAUAUCAGGUCUGUCUUUAAUGCACUGACAUUCGCUUCGUGUUGGAAUUCUACUUACUAAUGUCCGAACUCUUGGCUUCUCUUUAUUGUGUCUUAAUAAA